GUCGUGCUCUCCAACCUCAUGGUGGAGAAGAGGGCAUUCUAGGCUGUCCCUGCCCCUCACUUACCUCCAGCCCAGGCCAAAUCCCUAAGCUCUCUGAACGUCAGUCCUCUUUGCCCCACCUCCACCAGGGAUGUGAGGCUGCGAUGAAAUGAGUUUGAAAUGGCUUUGUAACCAUUAAAAGACUGCACUUUUAAUGCACAGGCCUGCCAUAUUCCUGUUGGAGGACAGGGUAGGCAUGGAUUAGAAAAAAACUACAAGCCUUUCUUGAUUGGGAAAACAUUUUUCUUUCACAGCUCAGCAUGGGGUGCAGUUCCUGCUGACUGCCUCACACAGAAGUCGGUGGGAGAAGCUGCCAGGAAGCCUUUCAUCUUUAAUUCCCUGGUGGUGGUGUGCCCUGAGCUGGGCAGAGACUGGAGCCAGCAAAGGCCUCAGCCAAGCUUAGCUCAGUCUUGCCACAGGAGCUGGGCUGGAUUCCCCAUCACUGCUGCUGAAAGAGUUACACCAAAUCUACCUGAAGCUUAGACGGUAAUAAGCAGAGGCCUGGGCUGUUGAGGGGACAGGAACAGAUCUGGGAGGAGAGAUGUGAAGUCAUAAUUCAGGUUCCAAAAGGUAGAAUCUGUUUAAAAUAGAUUCCAAGGAGUAUUGAGUUGAGGAAGGAGCCAGAUGGUUCUGUGACCUCCUGGAGCCAGAAGAAGCCAUGAGGGGAUGUAUCAGGAAGUAAGAGUCUCUGGCAGGGUCUGGACCCAAGGCAGAAGCAGGAUGGAUGGUCCCUGGUCCCAGACAGCUGUGGGGCUGGAGUGGCUUCCAGAGGCUGGGGUGGGCAGGAGCACCUCUCCCUCUUUCCAUCUUGCUGGGCCCUGCUAGGCCUUUGGAACAAUGGGUGCCCACUGUCAUGAGCUGUAUUCACCUGGGCCUCAUCCCAAGACUGGCCCUGCCUCCCAGCAGGAGCUGAUAACACUCCUGGGAUGGGCCAAGUCUCUGGUGGACAGUGCUUACUGUCCCUUCAGGUGACACUCUGUGAACCCAAAGAAGCCACAGUCAGGAACACAUCAGAGUUUCCUCUCUGCCAUCACCUGGGGUUGAGUGAGAAUGUGAUGCACACAAAUGAGGACAAGCCAUGUGAGCCUGAAGGAGGAGGAGCACCAGGCCUGUGGCUCUGGCCUUGGGAACGCCACCAGCAGAGCUGAGGGCAGGCAUUUCCCAUGGGUGCAUGGUAGACUACAACCAAAGGCGAGAGGUGGGAAGAUAGGCUGGACCUAGAAGAGGGUGGUAAAAGGACCAGAGGUUGCCAGGGAAGGAGCUGGAUUCAUCUUCUGGCUCUUUCAUGAGCCAUUCUUUGUUCCUUCAUAGGGCCUGAGACCUUAGAUACGUGGGCCCAGAUGCACUGGGCUUGUUUCUUUCUUAUUAACUCAGUGUCCAAGUGGCCAGCUCGUACCAAGUGCCAAGCACCAGGGAGCCAUGAGGGGCUUUUAGGACCUCUUCUGCCUCUGACUAUUUGGGUCACCUCAGGGGAGUCACAAAACUCCGAGUCAGUUUCCUCACCUGCCCGGCCAGCCUCACAGGGUGGUGUGGGUCAAAGGAGAGUGGGGCAGGACAGGGCUGUAAACUGAUCAGUCAUAUGGUAUUGCUGUGAUCAUUAACCAGGCUGAGUUCCUCAUCCAAGAAGAGAAGGUAUGCUCUUUGGGAGGGAUGCUUCUGUGAGCUGUAUGGGACCAGCAUCCCCUCCUGGAGAUGACUCUUCGGUAUAUGGCUUUUUUGCCUUCCGGCCCAGACCUUCCCAGAAAGUUUACCUUGCACUUACUAUGGCCUGUCCCCACUGCCACCAGCCAAGGGAAGAGGAGAAGGUAGAGCCAACACUUUGACCGUCUUUAGCUUCCUCUCCCAAGGUCAACUGUGGACUUUUCUCCAACAUUUCUUUCCAGAUCUCAGACCCAGCGUGGCGACAACAGCGUAAGAUCUGGGAUGAGAAAGCCACCCUGAGAGCAGAGCCAGGGCUUCCUCUGACUUCAGCCCUCCGAGGCUACCUGCUGCCUGGGACCCACGUGGUUCCUGUCCUGAGGGCCACUGCUGGGGAAGUGCUGCUGGAGCUGAAGCAAGGGGCCUCAGCCAGGCUGGAUAUUGAGGCCAAAGCUGAAAAGGAGGAUCUGAUUCUGGAGCAAACAAAUCUGAAAAGAGACUUCUCUGAAAGACUCUAGGGUGAGAUUCCAGAGGACUGUGCUUUUGGGGAAGCCAGAGAAGCGGGAAGCAGGAGAGCAGAGCAUUCGGAACAGCCUGCAGACAAGCAAGUGAGGAGAGACGAGCCACGUACUAGCCAGGUCCCAGCGAAAGAAAAGAAACGCCUCCGAGGAGAGAGAGGCCAGACCGUAUGGAACUUGCGAGAGGUGCCUGCCACAGCGCCAGCCUGGCGGCCCCCAGCACAAAUCUCGACACAUGUACUGAGUGUGGCAAGGCCUUUGGCCAGAGCUCCACCUUCAUCGUGCACCAGAGCAUCCACACAGGGGAGAAGCCAUACAGGUGCGGGGAGUGUGGGGAGGCCUUCACACACAGCGUGCACCUGAUCUGGCACCUGAGGGUGCACACAGGGGAGAAGCCCUACGUCUGUGGCAUGUGCGGCAAGGCCUUCAGCCAGGGCUCAAGCCUCAUCGUGCACCGGGGUGUGCACACAGGUGAGAAGCCAUACGUGUGCCCCGAGUGCAGCAAGACCUUCAGCCGAAGCUCUUGCCUCCUGGUGCACUGGCGGAGCCACACAGGCGAGAGGCCUUACGAGUGCCAUGAGUGCGGCAAGGCUGUCACUUGCAGCUCCUACCACCUGGGGCACCAGCGCACCCACACAAGUGAGAAGCCCUAUCGCUGCACCCAGUGCGGGAAGGCCUUCAGCCAGAGCUCCCACCUCAUCUCUCACCAGACCACUCAUGCCCAGAGGAAACACCCGCCGGCCUCCCUGGUCAGAGCCCAGUGUUGAUGGGGUCGAGGUUUCCAGUCUGACACUGGAUCCAACUAAGAGGAAGCUGAGCCCUUAUCAUCAGCCCAUCUCUGUGCCAGGUGCUGCCAAAUAAGGCUAAGGCAGCUUCCCGUGAGGGCCUCCACGGUCUUUGGAGACAAGACGCUUACAUACAUAAACACACAGAAAUGACUGAAGGACCCUAGAAGAUAAGACAUGAUAAAAUGCUGAGGUGUGUGCAGAGAAAGCAAGAUCCGCAUGGAGGGGAACACUGAUGCGGCCUCAUGGGCUGGCCCUGGGAGAAUGAGUUGGCACUGGGUUGAUGGGGAGAAACCUAGGGAGGGGAGCAGAAUGAGCAAAGGCCCAGGAAUGAGUCUAAGUGGGCCCCAGUGAGGUGGAUAUGAGUUCGGUGGGAGUGGCAAACCUGAGAUGCACGUGGGGAGGUAGGAAGACUCCCCAGGUCAAAAGCUCUGGUGUGUGGGUGCUGCAAACCAAGGCCAAGAUCCCUCCCACAGGACUCAGCUUCCCAUAGCAGUGUGACCCUGGGCAAGCCUCUGAGGGCUCUGAGCAUCAUUUCCACAGCUGUCCAAUGUAGGAGCUGGACAUGAGGGCCACUGAGCUACCUUCUCACUCUCACACCUGUGGUUUCAGGCGCUACAAAACCUUUGUCAGAAUGGGGACCGACAGAAGGGAGAGGGAGGUGUGGGGAGGAUGAAGCUGGUGGUGACUCAGGGUAGGCGAGUAGGAAGGGAAGAAAGAGAGAUGGGGAGACCGCACGGGAGGCAGCUAGAGAAAUCCAGCUAGUCGUGUCAGACUUGGGCACCUCCAGCAGGUAACCCUGCUCAAAUGUCUCUCUUUAGUGAGCGUCCAUUCAUUCAGCAGACAAGUUGUUGCCUUUUACAUGCAAGGCACCAUGCUGAGUGUGCUAAGGAAUCCACAGUGAGUGAGACCUGGUCCUGCUUAAGAAUGAGUCCAGCAGGGGGAGGAAGACCAACACCAGGCAGAACAUGCUGGUGGCAGGAGAGCCCAGGAUAAUUGUGGGAAGUUCAGAGAAGAGGGGAGCAUGAAGAAAGUGGCAUUUGAGCCAAGCCUUGAAGGAUGGGAAGGAUUUCCAAAUCUGAUGGGGGAGAGUUGUACCUAGGAGGAUUUGCCUGGAAAGCAAGGAGCAUGUUGGGGAUACAGUGCUUGGCUCAAGAGACAAGCCAGGCACGGCAGUUAUGCUCUGGAUGCAUGGAAAUGCUCAUGCUCUGUGAGUUGGCGUGUCCAGGAGUCUGAAACCCUUUCCAGCGCUGUCUCGUUUUGUAGUGUGGAAGUUUUAUGAAUAAAGAAAAUAUCUGUUGUACUUCCACUGUCACUAAGCAGUGUGUAGCUGGAAAGGCCAGUGUGGCCUGAUCUAGUAAAUAAAAGAGUCUAGCCCUGGUUGCCAGCGAUAUCAGUUGGGGGCCUGGCAAGGAGCAGAGAGUUUAAUGAAGGGGCAAUUUACAGGGGUGUGGCAGGGGACAGUGAGACACCAGAUAGCAGCAGCAGCUGGAGCCUGGGCCACCUCUGGCUUGAAGAGGCAAAGGAGUAAAUGUCUGGCUGGAGCUGGGGCGAGGGGCCUCUCCACAGGAGCUGUGGGGACAGAGGGAUGGCCAUUGUCAGAGCCAUGGUGCCAAAACAGAGAGGGAGCAGACACAAGUACCCUAUCUCUUUCUUGUCUCUCCCUCUGAUCUACCAGUGCCUCCAACCAGGAAGCCGGAGGUAAAGGGAAUCAGGGAGAUGCCAUCCACAGGGAUCUCCACCCUAGGGCAGAGAGAGGUGUAGGAUGGAUGUGGGGUGCAGAUGAGAAUACCCAGUACAUGGGCCAUGAGUAGAGAGUGACAGACGAAGCUUGUCCGUGGGUGUGUAGUAAGUGUCAGGAAAGGGAUCCGAACCCAGGUAGAAGUGGCUGCAGAGGCUGGGCUCUGGACACCAAGUGGGGGGUAGCAGGGGACGACAGGACUUGCCCUUAUUUUGGAGUAGGUAACUGAGAAGGGGAGUGUCAGGCAGGGCAGCAAUCAAAACAUUCAAUUGUCCCUGGUUUGGAGAGGGUCCCUGAGUCAUCCUGCUGAGCAGAGGUGGGGAUGUCUUGGGGGGUAUCCCUGAGUGGAGGACAAAUUCUCCUGUGCAACUGUGCCCCCAGUGUGGACAAGCAGUUUUCUAAGAGGUCCUUGGUGCACCCUAGAGCACACACUCUCCCUUGGGACUCUUAUUGCCACACUACCACAUCUUUCAGGGGACUCCGCUCCAUUCCCCAUCUACAGCCCUUUCAGUCCAUCUCCCAUAGCCUGUUGAGGGGCUCUAUGAGAAAGAAUUGUCAGCAUUUCAUGUGGAUAAAACCCCCAACCACCUGCCCCAUCCUGAUCUGUUCUUCUCCCCCAAAUGUUGCUUCUCCCUCUGGGUUAACACUGACGAUGCUCUAAGCACUUGGGCUUAUAUCUCUGGAAUUACGUCUCCUUGCUCUGCACACCCAACUCGUCAUAACAUCGUGGAUGGAGAGUACGCAGGUCACCUCUAGCAGGUUUCUUCCAUGCCACCUGUCCCCUCUUCCUGUGGCUGCCUCCACUGUUCAGCUCUGUACCCCCAGCCUGUCAUGCUGGCCUCCCACCUCUUCGUGUUGCUCCCCCACCUCUGGUGCACAUUCUUUAAACCAGGUGGAGGCAGGAGUUGAGGAAGAGCUAUUAAGAGCAGAGGACACACCAAGAGCUAGGAACUAACGCAAGGAGUGGUUAAAGGUAAUUCACAUUGGUAAGAGGCAUGGUGUGGAGUCAGGCCAUGUAAAUGUGCCCAUCUUUGACUUCUUUGACCUGAUUGUAACAUCUUUGGUUCCCUCAUUUAUUAAUGGGUUAAACAAUAUGGUUAACAUGUUCAUUCAUUUUAUAUUUGUAUGACUCACGAUUUUACCUUUUUUUUAAAAAAAAAUUAUCUUUUAACAAACCUCCCCUGAGUUCCUUUGCAGAGUGUUGGAAAUAAGCCUUAUCCAAACCAGCAAAGCCCAAGCGAGUUGCCAAGUUGACACUGUGACCCCUGCCCAUCUGUAGAAGACUGCGGUAGCUAUUGUUUUUGCCUGCCCAGCACACUGUCUCAUUCCCCUCCUUCUAACAGACUCCCUGCCCUGGUCAUAGGGGGUGUACCUGCUCCUGCUCUGGCCAGUUGCAAUACUCCAUCUGCUUAGCCACUGUACUUGAUUCAAGGGGUAGCAUGUCACAUAAAUAGGACUAAUCAGAAUUCUUUUCCUGGGAUUUAAUAAAGGGUCGCUGGGAAAAAAGGUUUCUUGGU